AUGUCCUCGCCGCAAGACACGGUCAAGCUUGCCGACGAGAUCAGGCAGAGGCAAGCUGCCGAUCGUCACUUCCCCACCUUUGCUACGCGUGGCUUUGGUCGUCGUGAGCGGCCAUUUCUUCAAACACACUCCUCGCAGCAGACGGACCUGUCGACCGAAGACUAUCCGGCCACAAAUCCGAGAGCUGGCGCGGACGACGAAGAUGAGGAUCAAACGAAAGACCACACAUCGGCCGGUACAGUAGGGGACGCGGGAACCCAACCUGUGACGCUACCAGAUGACGACGACGAAGAAGCUGGACAGCUUGAAAUGGACUACGCCCCACCAGAAGAGACUGCAGAGCCUACAGAUGCAACGGAUGCACUGGACGCAGCGCAAAACAAGCAAGAUGGUGGAGAAGGACCAUCUUUGGCAGCUGAGAUAUUAGCCGCUGCAGCAUCAUCGACACCGACUUCGCCGAGGAAGAGGGCCCAUAAGCGAAGACCAGACUCGUUGCGGAGAACUGAGAGCAGCUCUUCGGCAGGACGCGCAAGUGUGAGCUCCGUUGAUUCUUUGCCGACCUCGCCAGGGCCCAGACGGAAAAGGUUGUCGGUGUCAAGGGGCGAAACGAGUAGAGACUCGCAAUUUGAGGGGGAAAGGAAGAAAAGAAUGACGGUGCUGCUUGAGGGGGAGAUUCCGGAGGGAGACGGUGCCGCCAACGGAGAAGAGGAUAUGGAAGAAGAAGAGAAGUCUAGAGCCAGCAAAGAUCACGAAACGUCAAUAGAAAAUGAUGAAGACGAGAAGGUAGCGAAACCUCCAGCGUCUGAUACAAAACCGACACAUGAUACUUUUGAAGCCGAUGCUGAAGCCGAUGAAGAGGCGGAAGAAAGCGAAGAGGAAGAGGACAAAGACGAGGAGGAGGCCAGCGAAAGCGAGGAGGAAGAGGAGGAAGAGGAGGAAGACGAAGUCGAGCCAUCACUCAAGUACUCGCGCGUCAAAGGCGGAGUCAGCGACGUUCUCAAAAAGGAUACCGCAUCAGCCUUCGCCCUCUCUUCCCGCUUCAUGGCACUUGGCACCCACGCCGGCAUGAUCUACAUCCUCGACAUCGACGGCAACCUCGUCAAAGGCUUCCGUCUUCACACUGCCUCAAUCCUCGAUCUUGUCAUCGACAAUGCAUCCGACUUCGUCGCUGCGGCUUCCAUGGACGGUCUCGUCUCGAUCUCUGCCCUUGCUACAGCCGAGCAGUACGUGUUCGACUUCAAGCGUCCCAUGCGCUGUAUCUCGCUCGAGCCGAACUUCGGACGCAAGUCUUCCCGUGCCUUUGUAUGCGGUGGGAUGGCUGGGUCCCUUACACAUCGGGAAAAGGGUUGGCUUGGGCACAAAGAGACAGUGCUGCAUUCAGGCGAAGGGCCGAUCUGGACGACGAGGUGGAGGGGCAACAUGAUCGCUUGGGCAAGUGACAAGGGUGUCAGGGUGUACGAUACAGAUGCAAGACAGAGGAUCAGCUUUAUUUCAGCGCCAAGCAAGAAUGUGAGAGGUGACUUGCAUCGGUGUACACUGUACUGGCAGGAUGAUAGGACGCUGCUGAUUGCUUGGGCGGACCAUAUUAAGGUGGCGAAGAUCAAAGAAAAGCAAAGUGGAGGUGCGACAGCGUCUUCAAGGGCGAGUAUUGCUUCGAACUCGACACAGAAUGCCGCUUCUGCACUGAGCAAGGUCGGUGUGCCGGGUGCAGGAGCAGGUCAUCCGCAAUACUUCAUCGAGAUCACUGCCAUCUUUCAGCUCGACUGUAUGAUCUCCGGCAUCGCACCUUAUGGCUUGGACUAUCUAGUGCUAGCCUACGUCACCGAGGAGCCGGAAGAGUCAGACGAUGAAGAUGCCGAGGAAGAGCAAGACGGCGCCUCAGUGCACCGUGCGUUCAAACGAGGCGAAGCGCUUCGACCGGAACUCCGCAUCAUCAGCCGUGCCGGCGAAGAACUCAGCUCCGACGUUCUCAGUCUCAACGACUACUUCCGUUUCCAGUGCAACGACUAUCUCCUCGUCCCAUCCAUCGAAGCACAUGCCUACUCCGCAGCGCUACUAGCUGGGCGCAAAGUCAGAACUGACAUCACCGAAGCUUCCCAAUUUUACGUCGUCAGUCCUCGAGACAUUGUCGUCUCCAAACCACGCGACGAGAAGGACCAUGUAGAAUGGCUCCUCGAGCGCCAACGGUUCCAAGAAGCCCUUGUCAAGAUUGAAGGUAUGGGUCGAACAGCAGCGCUUCAGAACGGAUUUGAUGCUGAAGAAAUCGGCAAGAAAUAUCUCAAUUGGCUUGUUGAAGAAGAUCGUUACUCGGAAGCAGCGCGUGUGGCUAGUAAGAUCCUCGGACGAAACGUACAAGCGUGGGAGGAUUGGAUCUUCUUGUUCGUUGAGAAGGGCAAACUUGGGUUGGCUAUCCCUUUUAUCCCGACGUCGGAUCCCACGCUGAGCGAGAUGAUCUAUGAUAUGAUUUUGGCGCAUUUUCUACAGCACGAUCUGAAGAAGUUGCUAGAAACAAUACAGGAGUGGCCGCCUGAGAUUUACUCGACUCCCGCGGUUGUUUUGGCUAUCGAGGAUAGGCUCAAGUCUGGCAGUUGUGAGGCGGGGAAGGAGAAGUUGCUCAUGGAGUGCUUGGCCGAAAUUUACAUUCGGAAUAGGCAGCCAGGGAAGGCGUUACAGUACUUCCUGCGCUUACGACGAGCAAACGUGUUCGAUCUCAUUCGAGAGAACAACCUGUUCACGGCUGUCCAAGAUGAAGCAUUGCUGCUGAUCGAGUUCGAGGAAGAUCUCAAGAUGCGUCGACCUGCGGAGCAGCAAGUAUCGAAACACGGCGCAGCGAUUGAUCUACUCGUCGACCACACCUACUCCAUUCCCAUCGGAAGAGUGAUCGCACAACUCGAAUCGCAUCCAAGAUACCUCUACAUGUAUUUGGAUGCAUUGUUUGACCGCGAUUCACAGCAAGUCACGCCAUUCUGCGACCUUCAAGUGAAACUGUACGCUGAAUACGACGCCCCACGACUCAUGUCCUACCUUCGGGCAAUGUCUAGCUUUUAUAGCUUCGAAAAAGCAUUUUCGAUCUGCGAAAGUCACGAUUAUGUUCCAGAGAUGGUCUUCCUUCUUGGUCGGGUAGGUGAUAACAAACGGGCGCUAUCCCUCAUCAUCGAGCGACUAGGUGAUGUCGAACGAGCGAUCGACUUUGCGAAAGAGCAGAAUGAUGAUGAUCUUUGGGAAGACCUCUUACUCUACUCGGAAUCAAGACCGGCAUUCAUCAGAGGCUUGUUGGAGAAUGUAGGAGCAGAGAUCGAUCCGAUUAGGCUGAUUAGGAGGAUUAAGAACGGGUUGGAAAUUCCAGGGUUGAAAUCGGCACUGAUGAAGAUCUUGAGUGAUUUCACAUUGCAGAUCAGUUUGUUGCAGGGAUGUGAGAGGAUUUUGGGCAGAGAUGUGAAGGUGUUGGCCGAGGAAUUGGGAAGAUCCUUGAGGUAUGGUGGCUAUGUGGAUGAGGAAAGUGUUUGUUCUAGCUGCGAGAAUGGCCUGUUUGCGAAGGGGGGUAAGGAAGAUGCGUGGCAGAAAGCUAGACAGAGCAAAGUGGUCGUUUAUCUUUGUGGACAUGUUCAUCAUUUGACUUGUCUUCUUCCUCCAGCCAAUAUCCCAGUCGUUAAAGGAGUCGUGGCAAGUGGAGCGGGAGGUCAAGUGAAAUGUACAACAACACAAGCAUUCGCCAGCACUGCAAACAUCAAACAACGGUGGAACUACUUAGAACAUCGUCACGAAAAAGUCGUAGGAGAAGGGAAGCAUAUCUCUGCAUCAUCGACAGUCGAAUUGACUAAAUACGGUCCUCUUCAGCGUGCCGAGGAUGGAGUAAGGCAGUUUCAGAAUGCGCUCAAGUAUGAAGCGAGAUUACGAUCGACUUUGGUGGGUAAGAAAGGUUGCCCUACGUGUCGGAAGGAAGGUCUAGUUUCUAAUGCCUAG